AUGUGGCUCCGUGAGCUGGAAGAGCGCAGCCCAGCGGAUCUUAGGGACGCCUUUGGCUUGAAGCCCUGUUCGCCCAAGGAGCUUCGUCAGCUGCCGGACAGUGCCUUUCUGGGCGGCAAGAAAACGCCGGGCGCGCUGCCCAUCUACGACCCGGAGAGGAAAGUGAGCCUCCAGUUCCUCUUAGCCAGCUACAAAGCGAGCGAAAAGAGCCGCGAACGUUUACGGGGCGAAGAUUCUGUGGUGGAUCUGCAUCGGCCCUUCCUGCGUUGGCUGAUGAAGAAGGCGCGUGAGUUGCAGCUGCUGAACAGCCGCGAGGUGCGGCGCGGCUUGCUGGCGCCGCAGCGCCUCGAGGCGGCGGCAAAGAGCGGCGAGUGGCGCCUGAGUGUGGAGCAGAACCAGGCGGAGGCCUCUGACGAGGAGGGCCGCCAAAAGCAGGCGCAGCAGCGACAGAAGGCUGUGGAAGAGGCCCUGCGGGAUGCCACGUUCAAAAUGGAACUGAACUUCCCGCAGCCCAAGGUCACAACUCCAACGGCCCCGGAAGGUGCCACUGCUUUGCUGAAGGAACGACUGAGCCGGCAGCUGGAGUCCAAAAAGGACAAAAUCGAUGCGUUGUCAAGUCAUGGUCAAGACCUGCAGACCAUGGCCGACCGCUUGAUGGCUCCGUCCUUGAGCUUCGAUUGGGACGAGCCGGAGUCCGACGAGGAUGACAAUUCCAAGGGCAUUCUGCAGGUGGAGCUUCCGGCGGCCGCGGCGAAUCCCGAGGGCCGCCGCGCCUUGCUGCGCGAGCAGAUCCAACGUUCUGUCUCCUUCAAGCAGGCCAAAGAAUUGUCCAAGACCAAGAGCCUUUCCUCCAACGGUUCCAAGAGUGACGUGCGCGAGGCGGCCACGCCCAGUAAGAAACGGAAGACCGCCCGAACUGUGCUUUCGGACGCCACCGAGCCUGAGAGAUCCGAGAAAACCGAGAUGCCCCAGGAGGACUUACCGGCCACAGUCACCAUUGAAGUUUCUGAAGGCUCAGAUUCCAAGUCGUCGGAGGGCCAAACAGCCUCGGCAGCAUCGGCCCCUGUGGAUGUCACGGAGGUCGCGUCGGAGGCCACCCAGAAGGCGACCGAUCCACCAGAACGCGACGAGAUCUGCUCUGCGCCGGCAGGAGGGGACGAAGCAGAAGCUGAAGGAAGAUCCGGGGAUGAUGAAGGCGCCGACACGGCGGCCGCCGGCCCGGGCGGGGUCGAGAUCAGCCCCACGCUGCAUUUCGUGGCGGAGGAACCCGAAGUGCCAGGCGAUAGAUUGGAGAUCAGCCCCACCUUGCCAUUCGACAUCGAUGCGAGUGCUUUGCAGGAGGCCUGUGGCGUCGAGGACGGCGCCUCCGCAGCACCGGCGGUAACGGCGUUAGCGCCGGCCGUGGCGAUGGAGGCGAGAGCCGAGGAAGAAGAUGCAGAGGAACCCACUAGCGAGGAGGAUGAAGAAAUCAAGGCGGACACGCGCCUGGUGCGCGAACGCGCCUGGCUACGGCACAAGCGCCAGAUGCAGGCGGCGCAGGGGCAAGAGGAUGACGAUGAGGCCUUCGGCCCCGUGGGGCGGGCGCCGAAGAGGCGCGCCAAGGCGUCGAUCCUGAUGGGAGCCGUGUGA